GACUGCGACGGGGAAGAGGGCACGUUCUGGUAUGUAUUUCUACCAUUUGCCUCAUUCAAGUUGAUCAUAUAAUUGUUCUCAAAAAAAAAAAGUUGAUCAUAUAAUUGAACAACCGAAGCAUCUACUUUGCAGAGUCACCGGUCAAUCUGCCAUACAUUUCCCAGCAUGAAAAAGCCCUUGUGUAUUUAAUUGUUCAUUGCUAACUGCAUCCCACGACCACCUUCACAUGGCUUUGUACAGCUCCAGCCUCCUGUGAGUGGCGGAGCGUGCAGCCACUGAAGGAGGGGCCGACUAAACUAGCAUAGGCCAAUUAGAGCUAUAGGGGGUAAGACAUGAUGGGAAUCAAGGCCUCAAUGAAUCUGAUGAGUCAAAAUGCCUCACUAAUUGUGAUUUUCGUUUUUGGAAGACCGGGCCAUGGCCUGGUAUGGCCUCCAAGAGGCGCCACCAGUGCUCCUGUCAAUUUGUUAGCUUAAUCAUUCAAGUUGACAUUCAUUUUUUUAAAGGAAAAGAACAUCUUGGAGGCCCCAUAGAUGUCAAGGAUGGCCAUUUGAAUAAUUAAAACGAACUGGAAUCAGCAAAGUUGCGUCUCAUCCUUUUCUUCCUUGAAGACGCCGACACGAUCAAACGGAACCUAGAUUAAAUUUGUUAGAAUACAGCCUUCCACCAACUCUAUAAAAGGAUCCAUCAAGGUGUCUCCCUAAGUAUGCGCACAUACUUGCUGCUACCUGGUAAUCCACAAAACUCAAACCUCACAAACCAAUCACCUGCCUCUGUGCCCUGGGGAGAUGGAGAUGGCGGCCGGCGUCGCGAGCUGGCUCGUCGGCAAGCUGCUGGAUAAGCUGUCCAAUGACUUGGUGGCUGCGUAUGUGUCCAGCGAAGAGCUCGGCCUCAACUCCGAGCAAAUCAAAGAAGACUUGAUGUACAUGCAAGCACUCCUACAUGCGGCCCAGGGGAGGGACGACAACAACCCUGGGCUCAAGGGGCUGCUGCAACAGCUUGCCAGGAAGGCCGACGAGGCCGAGGAUGCCCUGGACGAGCUCCACUACUUCAUGAUCCAGGACAAGCUCGACAACACGCACCAUGUGACGCCAUUUUUGGGAGGUGACAUCCAAGAAAAGGUUCAACAUGGCCGCAAGGCUGUUCGCCAUACUUUUGGUAACUGGCUUUCAAACCUCUCCUGUUCAUCUAGAAAAGAUGAUGUUUGUGCUGCUGCUACUGCUGUUACUAAUAAUCCACAAAGCAGUGCCAAGUUUGAUAGUGCUAAUGUUAGUGGGCAUGAAGAUUACUUGGAAUUUGAUACAGUGGUCAUGUCCAACAAAAUCAAGUCAGUGAUUGAGGUCAUACACUCCAAGUGCCUUCAUGUCUCUGAUUUGCUUAAAAUUCCAAACGAUAGCAGCACAGAAGGCACAUUAGUCACCAUAGAAUGGCCUGUCAUGGGAUCAACAACUGAACAAAAUAAGUUGUAUGGAAGGAGUAUCAUUUUUGAGAAAACUAUAAAAGAUAUCACUGGUGGUGCAUAUUAUAGUGAACCUCUUUAUGUUCUUCCUAUAGUUGGUCCAGGGGGUAUUGGAAAGACAACUUUCACACAACACUUGUAUAAUGAUAGAAGAACUCAAGAACACUUCUAUGUUAGGGUUUGGGUCCGUGUUUCAACUGAUUUUGAUGUGCUUAAGCUUACACAGCAGAUCAAUAACUGCAUUCCCGCAAGUAAAUCUGAGUACUAUCGGGACAGGUACACUGAUAGUGGUACAACCAAUGCCAAUUUAGAUCAGCUUCAAAUGUCCAUUGCACAUAGAUUGAAGUACAUAAGGUUCUUAAUUGUGUUGGAUGAUAUAUGGAAAUGUGAUAGUGAUUCUGAGUGGAGCAACUUUUUAGUUCCUUUCAUAAAUGGGGGAGUCAAAGGCAGCAUGGUUCUAGUCACAACUCGAUUUCCAAAAAUACAAGAAAGUGUGAAGAAAUCAACUAUUCCAAUAAACCUGCAAGGUUUGGAGCAUGAGGAGUUCAUGGAUUUUUUUCAGACAUGUGUAUUUGGUGAAUAUAAACAUGAUCAGCAAUACAGUGAAUUAACUGAUAUUGGAAGAAAAAUUGUAGAGAGAUUGAAGUGUUCGCCAUUAGCAGCCAAAACAGUUGCUCGGUUACUAAAGAAAAACCUUUCUCGGGAACAUUGGAGGAAAGUUCUUGAAAAUAAUGAGUGGAAUAAUCAGACAAAUAGUGAUGACAUUAUGCCAGCCCUGAAAAUUAGUUAUGAUUACCUUCCUUUCCACCUGAAACAAUGUUUUUCUUAUUUUUCCCUUUUCCCUAAAGAUCAUAGGUUUACAAAUUUGGAAAUUACUCGCUUUUGGACUGCAAUAGGCAUAAUAGACUCCAGCUGCAAAAAUAAUAAUUACUUUGAACAACUAGUGAACAGUGGUUUUAUCAUGAAGGAAAUGGAUGGUCUGGAGGAUCACUAUUAUGUUAUUCAUGAUUUGUUGCAUGACCUAUCUCGGAGUGUAUCAUCACAAGAAUGUGUCAAUAUAAGUAAUGGCGUAAGUUUUAGUGCGGACGACAUCCCACAAUCAAUAAAACACUUGUCCAUCACAAUGGGAGAUGCAUAUGAUGCAAAUUUUAGGAAAGAAAUGGAUAAACUGAAGAGCAGGAUAAAUAUUGGAAAUUUGUGGACUUUAAUGAUUUUCAGAGAAUAUGAAGAACAUACAACUGAGAUUUUAAUGGAUACGUUCAAGGAAAUAGAGGGUCUCCGUGUCCUUUUUAUAGUAAUGAACUCUACAAAUUCCUUGCCAAAAAAUUUCUCAAAACUUCUCCACCUACGAUAUCUAAGAAUUAGAUCACCCAAACAUUUAGAAGUGACUUUACCUAGUACACUACCAAGAUUUUAUCACUUGCUAUUCCUAGACCUACAAGAUUGGCACGGUAGUUCUAGUUUGCCUAAGUACAUUAGCCGCCUUGUUAAUUUAUGCCAUUUCAUUGCUAACAAUGAACUCCACUCCAAUGUUCCCGAGGUUGGGAAGAUAGAACAUCUAGAGGAGCUAAAAGAAUUCCAUGUUAAGAAAAAGAGUGUUGGUUUUGAACUGGAAGAGUUGGGGAAAUUGACAGAUCUUGGAGGAGAACUCUGUUUACAUAAUGUGGAAAAGGUUACUACCAAGGAAGAAGCCAGUAAAGCCAACUUGGUUUUGAAAAGGAAUCUGAAAAAAUUGACACUAGUCUGCAGAAGAGGACAACUGAUUGCAACUGAUGUUGUUGAUGGCCUCCAGCCACAUGAUAAUCUCAAAGAACUUGUCAUUAAAGGUGAUUAUGCCUUUCCUAGAUGGUUGUGUCGUGACAUAACCAUUAAGCAUUUGGAGUCUCUCACUCUAGAUGGUGUGUGUUGGGGCAAUCUUCCACCUUUUGGGCAUCUAUCAUAUCUCAAGAUACUACGGUUGAAGAAUAUUACUGGCAUGUGUCUUAUUGGGCCCGACCUUAGUUUCAUGCACCUGAAAAAAGUUGAGUUUAGUAACAUGCCAGAUCUUGAAGAGUGGGUCAUGGGACCUAACUGCCAUCAGUUUCCGAAGCUUGAAAGCAUCAAGUGCAGUGAGUGUCCUAGUUUCCGUACACUGCCUUUUUUGUCGAAGCACCUUCUCCAAGACACACACUAUCCCAACCUGUCUGAAUUUAUUAUUUAUGAAUGCCGCAAGUUAUCCCUUCCACCCAUGCCCCAUACUUCCGCACUAACACAUUUUGAAGUGGGUUAUAGGCUUAAGGCCGCCAGGCCAAGGUCAGUGAGGCGAGUUUGGUCUGUGCGUUUCACAAAAAAUAGAUUGGUUUUGUCAGGCUAUGAACAUGCAUUAGCCUUCCACAAUAUGGGGAAACUAGAGAGUGUCACAUUUACAAAUGGAUCAAAAAUCCCAUGGACAGACCUCCAAAGGCUAACCUGUCUAAGGAACCUUUUGGUUGAACGAGAUUCAAGCAUGUGGUCAAGCCAGUCAAUGGCUCUCCUCUCAACGCUCACGUCUCUCACCAGUAUAGCACUGCUGGGUUGCCACAAGUUUACAGUGGAUGGGUUCAAUCCUCUCAUCACAGUCAACCUCAAGGAAUUGACGAUCUAUAACUAUCAUUCUGAUUCUAUAGCAGCGGAUCUGUUUUCAGAGGUGGCAAGGAUCAAAUUGCCGCCGGGCUCCUUCCACCAAUUGACAACACUCUCUGUGGAUAGCAUCUCAGCGGUGCUUGUUUCUCCCAUCUGCAGCCUUAUUGCUGCUACCCUCCACACGUUACAUUUUUGUUAUGAUGAUCAUGUGGAAAGCUUGACGGAAGAGGAAAAUAAGGCGUUCCAGCUCCUCACCUCUCUCCAAUCACUAAAAUUUCUUAGCUGCUCGGGUCUGUUGUCUCUCCCUCAAGGGUUACACAGUCUUUCUUCACUCAGGACACUAGAAAUCCACCGUUGCCCUAAAGUCCGAUUGCUUUCGCUUCCCAAGGGAGGCCUCCCCACUUCACUGCAAUUGCUGCGUGCAGAGCAUUGCAGUGCCGAGCUACAAGAGGAAAUGAAGAUAGUACAAGCAGCAAACCCAGCUUUACGGCUGGUAUACGGAGCAUAGCCCAUGGUGUCUAACUUGUCCGCACAGACCCAUCGAUCUAUACUCUCAGUUCAAACUGCAAUGUAUGUAUAUAGGCUACGAAUCCUGGAUACAUCAUGUGGCAUGUACACACCGUCAGCCUGGCCAUCUCCAGCUUCUUUUCGUACGCACCUAUUUGUUGUCUCUCAUAUUACGUCAGACACACUGGUAUCUGAAACGGAGUACUGCAGUUGCAUGUAGCAGGUGCAUAUAUAUGCAUGGUAAAUUUCAAAGACUAAUGUGACAACUGAUUGAUCAACGGACCUGGAGGCCUCAGAUCAGAAAGCUAGGUUCUGUGUGUUCCUUCCUUGGAGUAUUGGGCAAUAUAUUCACUUGUGCACGCAUUCUCUGCUUUAAGUCCUUGUGGUUGGACAGCUUGUAUUUCGUGAAGUUAUCGAUUUGGGCGGAAAGCAUUCUAUCCUUGAUUUGGCUGAAUGUUUGUUCAUACAGUGCGUGCAUGCUACCACCAACUGCCAAUUGCAUCUUCUGCAGACUGCAUAUCUGGUGAUGUUUCACUGGUUCAAAGUUUCAGCCCCAAUAUAGCAGAGCAGUUCACAGCCAACAGUGAAUUUAUAUGUUGGCAUUCGGAACUUGGCUGCAUUGGACCAGUUCAAUGGUAAUUACAUCCAGUGGUGAAUCAUGUGUUUAGACAAGUUUCAUGUGAUGUUGACAGUGUGGCAUGAUCGAUGCUUCUGGUUUUUGGUACUGAUUUGUUUCACGUAUGUGGUAGCAUCAUUGUGCAGCUCUUAAUUGGCGUGUCUCAAUUUGCUGCACUUCUGUAUGCAUGGUAAAUUUUGGAGACCAAGGCAAGACCCGUUGAUGGACAUCGAAAUGGAGGUCUCAGAUCAUAGAGCCAUGCUACUUCUGUAUGCAUUGCUUCUCUGGAGUAUUGGACAAUAUGUUUACUUGCACAACGCAUUGCCUGGCCUUACUAUUGAUUUGGCAGCUUGAGUAGAGAUUAACAAUUCGGGUGGAAGAGCACUUUAUGCUCGAUCUGGUUGAUUAUUUGUUUCAUACAGUCCACUGUACCACCAACUGUGCAUACUGCAUCUUGUGGAAAUUGCAUAUAUGGUGAUGUUUUGCCGGCAUCCCUCGGAGUUUCAGUUCCAACCCAGCAGAACAAUCCCACGGCCAACACUGAACUCAGAAGUUGUUAUUCAGAAGCAAAGUUUGUUGUUGCAUCCAACAAUGACAAUAACGGAAUUAGCAUCUGUCCUCGAUGUCUGGAAGAGCUGCCCCUUUCUUCAUCGUCCAUUUCAAAGUUAAUUACAUACAGUGGUGAUUCACGUAGCCUUCAUCUUGAUGAACCCAUGCCGCCAUACUGGUGAAUUUUUUAAUCAAGAUACGAAAGCAACUACAACGUGUGGCGGUGGGCAUGACCUGCCUCCUCACAUCUCUAUGCCGCUAUCUCUUUCCAGCAUCCGCAGCCAUCUUCCUGGUCUGACGUCUUGUCGCCAUCUCCUCUCGUGAAUCUACUCUGGCCACAUAUGUUGUAGCCGCCACAUCCUGACUAGGGACUCUUCUAAGACCGCCAUGGUGUUCAUUACCUGUUGGCACCCCAUGCGUUCGGUACUGCCCAGUCCUCAACUCGUCACCUUCCUCUCUCCUGCAUCUGCUCUGGCCAGAUUUGGCGCCACCACGACAUCCUGAUCAGGCACUCCUUUAAGACCACUUGGUCGCUCAUCACCUAUCAGGCAGCCUAUGUGCUUGCUACUGCCGCUGGCCCGCUCCCCCCACACUCCCUCUUUCUCAUCAUCUCUUCUUCAUACUCUUCUUUGGUGUACAACAUUUGGUCCUUGCGCACGGCACAGAUCGUGUUGGAUUUCCCGCUCUCUCCUGCUACCUACACUCCUUCAUCCUCCCUGGCUCCUUCCACAUAGCGUACUGUAAGACCACCUACUGGAGCGUUCAUCAGUAGAUUAUUCGUUCAAAACGUGAUAAAACCUCCCGUCUCUACUGAUAGUUCUCACGAUCGAGCUGCUGCCGGAGAAGGUGUCGCUCCGGACAGAACUGGAUACACGAGACAUGAUUGAUGAUGAAAGGUUUGGAAAAUUCUGUGUUUCUUCGGUGCUGCUAAUCAGUUUGAACAUGCUUCAUGUAAACUCUUAAAGCGGUGUGGAUUUCUGUAUUUGUAUCGGUUCAGUUGCAGCAAGUUGAGAAACAGUUCUAGUGCAAA